AUGACUGAUAUUCUGGGGGCUUUUGACGCUUCUAUCAGCCUGGCCGAAAGGCUUCGCAGUUUUGUCAACAGUUACGCGGGGGCUGAAGAAGCGGCUGCCACAAUGCGUCUUUUUGACGGCCAACUUGGAACCAUGAGGCUGAAACUUGCGUCGCGCGCCAUAACAGAGCUCCACAGCAAGCUCGAUAAGGCUCUUGGAUUGGUGCCGGAUCCGCAACAGAAAAACAACACGAUCCUGCGCGUGCAGUGGGCAACUGGGUUAGAAACCACAGUCAUGAACGAAUUUGAGACCAUAAAUGGUGGGAUCAACAACCUACAGAGCAUCGUCAAUCUCGCCAUGCACACUCUCAAGCUGAAGCCGCUUAACCACGGAUGUGAAUUCAAACUUAGUUUACACCAGGGUCAUGAAGAGCAAGACUUGGGGCCAAGGGGGUAUUCCACCAUGGCGGUGCUGCCCCCGAGUUAUCGUUCCGAUCAUCCGGUGCGAGUCUUUGUGGAAACCUACAGAGACUUUUCAAAGGCAACAGCGCUCGCCAGACACGUUGCCACGAGACUGUGGUGGACGUCCGACAACUUGGAGAACACGGACUUUUUGCGGGGAGUUCUGCCCUGUAUUGGUUUUGAUGGGUACAGGGUGAUCUAUUUACUUCCUAAGGACUUAAAAGAUCGACAAACCCUGAGGAAGCUGAUCGACAGUAAGAAAGUGUCCCUCGAGGCGCGGUUUUCCCUGGCACUCCAGCUCGCGAAAGCGGUACUCAAGGUCCAUUCCGAUCGGUUGGCUGCGCACUGUUCUAUCCGCAGCGACACCAUUCUGUUCCUCACCUCUGACGGAACGCGGGUUUCAGAGGUACCGGCGCCGCCCGAGCCGCCCGAGGCAGCUGCACCACCGGUGGAGGGGGGACUUGUCAGACGCAACACCUUGAAGCAAGGCAUCAACCGGGCUGGUACGGGUAUCAAGGAAAUUGGCACAACCAUCAAAAGAACAAUGAGCUUCAGUGCAAGAAAAAGGGACAGAGAGGAUAUCGAGGAUAGGAGGUCCAGAGACAGAGGUGCGGGUAACAGGGCGGCUCCACGGAAGAGCAGUCAACAAAGCUUACGGAAACGCAACGUACCGCGGAAAGUGAAGAGAAAAGGGGCUAUCUGGCCGGGAGCCCGGUCAAACGACAGCUCGGAGGACUUGCCUGACUCGGUUUGUGACGAACAGGAUAAGAUGGCAAGCAAGAAGGACUCGGUCGCUCUCAGCUGUGAGGUAUCAAACGCCCACGCACCGCCCGGAUUUGGCAGUCUGUAUCUCACUCAUUGA